AUGAAUGUUAUCUAGUCUAACCAAUUAUCACCUUUUAUAAAUCAAAAGAUAGUUAAAAAGACUACAGUUCUUAUGCAGCCUAAUCAAUUGAAGAAGAGCCAUGUUGAUGCUAAGCCAAUUAGAUUUCUAAAAUGGGAUGAGGAUGCAAAAUAAAUAAAGUUAUGUUUAGACAUUAAGAAAUAUGUAUGCUAUACUAAUUUUCUUUUAGAACUCAUUAUUAAGAACUGGACCUGCUUCUUUUAUCAUCUAUAUAGCUGCACGGAAUGAAAUUAAUCAAAUUUCUAAAUUGAAUUUGGACAAAAACUUACCUUUAAUUGAUACUACAUUACAAAAAGGUAUCUAUAUCUGGAAUCAUGUUAUAUAUAAUGAACAUAAGAAUAUCUAAUUAUAUUAGCUUUUGUGCAUUUUAGGUGAACAAUUUAAAGAAAAAUAGUUGAGAAGACAAAGUUUAAAUUUGGUUGAAAACAGCAGUGUAUUCAUAAAUGCAGAUACAGUUUUAAUGACCAUAGCAUCUAUUUUGGCUAGUGAGAUUGUUUUUCUUAUUAACAAUAAUGAUGAUGACAUUUUGGAAAAUUUUCAUUAAAUUACUAAAAAUGAUUAACAAUCUUAUUAUAAGUUACAAGUCAUCAAUUUUGUUGAAGGUUUAGGCACAAGCAUCGAUUAAUUUAAAUGGUAUCAAUUAUAUGACAAUAUAAAAAUAACACUAAUGGAAGAAAAUCAUUAUCUGAAUGCUUCAAAUACAUCCUUUGUUGACAAUUUAACUGAAACUAUAAAUAAUUGGGCCUUGGAACUUGAAAUGUCUUUGGAAAAAAAGAUAUAUCAAUGUUAUGAAAUUGAUUUCUUUACAUUCUUUUCUAUUGCUGAAAUAAUUACUAAAAGUUCUAUGUCAGAAUUAGAAAAAAAUAAUGUGAAAGAAAAUAUGUAUUUAUAAUAUCAUAUUUAAUUUAAGUUUUUAUAAAGCCAUUCAAAAUUAAAUUAAAUAUGAAAAAGACUAUAUAGAAAGCAUUUAUUAGAAAGAAAUAAGGGAGUUUUGUUCAAUUUCAGAAGAAGUCACAGUUGAUUCUUUAACUAAUAAAUUAUAUUAAAUGAGAGAACAAGCCAUGUCAUUGUAUUAUACUCAAUUGGGAUAAUUUUAUGAUAAUCCAGAAUAUGAAAAAUGUCUUCAAAGCAUUUAAUAGAAGAUUAAUUCAUUGGAAUUAGAAUGCAUUAAAUAUAAUUUUGAAUUGAUGGAUAUGUAUUAUAAUUUAAAUUAUUUAGAUCUCUUUAGUGAAUUAAGCUAAUAAUUUGACAAAAUCGAAAAAAAAUAUAAAGAUAACUUUCUUGAUUCUUAUACUUAAUUUUUGAAUGAGAUUCUUAAGUUUAGAGAAUUUAGAGGAUUAAAAUAUUAAAAUUUUAAAUCACACUUAUAAAAAAACUAUAAAUCUAAGUUAUACUCUUAUAUAACCGAGUUUGAUAAGGAAGAGAAAUUACUCUAUGAUAAACGUAUGUAAACUUAAAAUGAAAAAUAAUACUAAUUUUUAAAGUAAAGAGACAAAGAGGUUAUGAGAGGACUUGAAAUCCUUUAAAAUUAUACAGAUUUGAUGAGGGAUGAAAUUGGUACUCUUAAAAGUCUUAUUGAUGUAACUCAUACUUAUGUAUAAUUUAGUUCAAUAAUCAAAUAAAUAUUGUUGUAAAACAUAAAUAAGAAAUUAGAAAAUUGGAUGAUGAAAUUAGAUAAUUAUAAUUAUAAGUGAAUAAAAUUUAGAUUAAAAAAAGUAAUCGUGAAUUUUGA